AGUUGCCCUGCCGGGAGACUCUGCACACUAGGGAGUGAGCUCCGCUCCACCAUGGGAUUUCGCGUGUCCGAUGGAAACCUCCUCCUUCUCCUGUGUGCCAGCAUCUUCCCCGGCCGUGGCCACGUGGAGACCCGAGCCCACGCCGAGGAACGUCUCCUCAAGAAGCUCUUCUCCGGCUAUAACAAGUGGUCCCGGCCCGUGGCCAACAUUUCCGACGUGGUCCUGGUCCGCUUCGGCUUGUCCAUCGCCCAGCUCAUCGACGUCGAUGAGAAGAAUCAGAUGAUGACCACGAACGUGUGGGUGAAGCAGGAAUGGCACGACUACAAGCUGCGCUGGGACCCCCAGGAAUAUGAAAACGUCACAUCCAUCCGAAUCCCCUCAGAGCUCAUCUGGAGGCCGGAUAUUGUUCUCUACAACAAUGCUGAUGGUGACUUUGCAGUCACUCACCUGACCAAGGCCCACCUCUUCUAUGACGGGAGAAUUAAGUGGAUGCCACCCGCCAUCUACAAAAGCUCCUGCAGCAUUGAUGUUACCUUCUUCCCCUUUGACCAGCAAAACUGUACAAUGAAGUUUGGCUCCUGGACCUAUGACAAAGCCAAGAUAGACUUGGUGAGCAUGCACAGCCACGUGGACCAGCUGGACUACUGGGAGAGUGGGGAAUGGGUCAUCAUAAAUGCAGUGGGCAACUACAACAGCAAGAAAUAUGAAUGCUGCACAGAGAUCUACCCUGAUAUAACUUACUCCUUCAUCAUCAGGAGGUUGCCCUUGUUCUACACAAUCAACCUAAUCAUCCCCUGCCUGCUUAUCUCAUGCCUGACUGUCUUGGUCUUCUACUUGCCCUCUGAGUGUGGAGAGAAGAUAACUUUGUGCAUCUCGGUGCUGCUGUCACUCACUGUGUUCCUGCUGCUCAUCACAGAAAUCAUCCCUUCAACUUCCUUGGUCAUCCCCCUGAUUGGAGAGUAUCUGCUCUUCACCAUGAUAUUUGUCACCUUAUCUAUCAUCAUCACUGUCUUUGUGCUCAACGUGCACCACCGCUCCCCACGUACCCACACCAUGCCUGACUGGGUGAGGAGGAUCUUCCUUGAUAUAGUCCCACGGCUCCUUUUUAUGAAACGACCCUCUGCAGUGAAAGACAAUUGUAAGAAACUCAUCGAAUCCAUGCACAAAAUAACCAGCGCACCAAGAGUUUGGGCUGAGACAGACAUGGAACCCAAUUUCACUACCUCAUCUUCCCCAAGCCCCCAGAGUAAUGAGCCAUCACCCACACCUUCCUUCUGCGGCCAUCUCGAGGAGCCAACCAAGACCCAGCCUGUCUGCAAAUCCCCUUCUGGCCAGUACACCGUGCUGCACCCGGAGCCCGUUCAGGUGUCCUGCUCCUCACCACAGUCCCCGUGCCACCCUCUGAGUGACACCCAGAGCACGUCCAUCUCAAAAGGCCGAUCACUAAGUGUUCAGCAGAUGUACAGCCCCAAUAAAGCAGAGGAAGGGAGCAUCCGCUGUAGGUCCCGGAGCAUCCAGUAUUGCUACCUGCAGGAGGAUUCCUCCCAGACCAAUGGCCAAUCCAGUGGCUCUCCAGCUUCCCAGCGGUGCCACCUAAAUGAAGAACAGCCCCACCACAAACCCUAUCAGUGCAAAUGUAAGUGCAAAAAGAACGAGGCCACUGGCAUGACAGGUCAAGGGACCAACACCCACAGCGCCAAAGAGCAACAUCUGCUGCUGAUGUCCCCAGCCCUGAAGCUGGCGGUGGAAGGAGUUCAUUAUAUCGCGGACCACCUGCGAGCAGAAGAUGCAGAUUUCUCA